UACAAACACAAUGUUCAGCAACACUUCCAACAGCAACGCCAACAACGCCAACUGCUCCGAGCAGUCGCAACAGCAGCCAUCGUUCCAUCACUUUGGCCAUCAUGGCCAUCAUGAUUUCCAUGGCCAUCACGGACACCAUGGCCAUCACGGACACCAUGGUCACCAUGGCCAUCACGGCCAUCACGGCUUUCACGGACACCCUGGACCUCAUGGUCACCACGGCUUUGGUGGCGGAUUCGGAGGUCGCAUGGGCUUUGGCCGUGGACACCCGAAUCCUGCCGCUUUUGGGUUUGGUUUCGGCUUUCCCGGCCACGGCGGCCCAGUUGACCCCCGCUGCCAAGCCUUUGCUUUCGGCGACAUGAAUCGCCCUGGCCCCGAGGCCGAUCGCUUUGCUGAGCUCUUCCGACAGCGCUGCUCGAUGAUGUCGGAGCAUCUUGCCAACAAAAUGAACGCCAGCAGCUCGACCGAAACGGGCUCGGACUCGGACUCGUCGUCGGAUGAGCAGCCUUCCGCGCCUACUACGACUGAGACCACACACCAGCUUUCCGACCAGCAGAAGGAAGCCAUCAAGCAGCGCUGGCGUGCGCGUGCUCUUCACGUCGUGGAGAAGCUGACCAACAAUGCCACAGCCCAAGCCUUCGCUCCCGGCCUCACCGACGACGCCUUUGAGCAGUGGUUUGCCCGCAAAAUGACCAAGCGUGCCAACUGCAAGCGUCGUCGUCAUUGCCGCUUUGCUCGCUUUGCUCGCUUCUGGACCCAGCCCGAGCAGUGUGGACUUUUCGGCUGGGAUUCCUGCACUCCGAGCGAUCGUACCGCCACCCCCUGCGCUCCGUUCACCGCCACCUCCGCCACCUCCUCCGCCGCCAGCUGCUCGGCGGCCAUGUCGGCUCCCUUCGGCAACAAUGCGGCGUCUUCCAGUGAUUCUACCGCUGCAGCUGCGGCAUCUGGGUCAGAGUCCGCUGCCAAGCACGCUCGCGCACGCCCGGUGCGCAUCCAGUUUCUGAUCGAAGGCGCCCUCGUCCACGACAACGCCGAGGCGGCAAAGCAGCUCUUCCAGAACAUUUCGGCCAUUGUCCGCCGCGACCAGACUGCGAGUGACUUCAAGUGCAAGGACGCCGUUGGCAUCAGCGUCUUUGGCGAUGACCAGCUGGUCGACGUUCUGCCCAUGACACGCGUGAAAAAGGUCGAUUGGGAGCAGACCAUUGCUGCCGGCACCAAGGCCACCAUUCCGUGUGCGACCAGCAACCUUGGCGACGCCAUCAAGCUUCAGCUCGAGAUUUCUGCCCAAGAGAUGGCCGAGCGCCCCUGGUGCGCGCGCGCCGCCCAGUUCCUGAUUGUUCUCACCAGCGGCGAGGACCACACCAGCGACGUUGCAAUCGGCGACGUGUCGGCGCUCCUCGUUGCUCACGUGGCCCAGCACAACACCACGCUGGCGGUUGUUGGCGUGAAUCUGACGCCCAGCACCCAAGUUUACAUUGACGCGCUUACCAAAGAUGCCAUGAACGCCAAGUCCAGUCUGAUGCUCCCGUGCGCCACGCCAAACCUCGCUCCUGUCAUUCCCCAGCUCGUUGCUGCCAUUGCCCAGCAGCGCACUGCCAGUAUUCCAGCGCGCUCCACCCCUCGCAGCACCAAGCGCGAAGAAAAGCGCGCUGCCAAGCAAGCCAACUAGAAUCGUUGCGCUGCUUGUUUUCUUGAUGUGUAUUUCUUUGUUGAUAAUGUACUCGGCAAUGUCUUUUGUGUGUCUUCAAAAGGCUUUUUCAAAAACAAAACAAACAAAAUCAAAAACAAAAAAACAAUAAAUUUUGUAC